AUGUUGGUCAAAGAGGAACACGUCGACGUUGCCUUGUCGGCCAACGGCAAAGACAGCAGCAUGCGACUCUUUCUCUUCCACCCGACCAUUCCCGGCUAUCCCAACGCUCGUUUUCCCGGUGUCUGCCUCUUCAGCGAAAUCUACCAAGUCACCGGCCCCGUCGCCCGCUUCGCCCGCCAGAUCGCCGGCCACGGCUACAUCGUCGCCGCCCCGUCCUCGUACCACGACUUUGUCGGCCCCGAGCCUCUCAGCUACGAUGCCGCCGACACGGAUCGCGGCAACAAGUUCAAGGUUGAAAAGACUCUGGAGUCUUACGACGCAGACUCCCGCGCCACCAUCCACCACCUCCUCUCCUUGCCCACCUGCACCGGGGCUAUCGGAGCAACCGGCAUGUGUCUCGGCGGACACCUCGCCGUCCGCGCCGCCCUCGACGCCCGCAUCAGCGCCUGUCUCUCAUACUUCGCCACCGACAUCCACUCCCGCACCCUCGGCCCUCACUCCUCCCCCAACACCUCCGCCACCCCACCUCCCGGCUCCGUCCACACCCUGGAUCUCUUCCCCAAGCUCAGCGGCGAGGUGGCCAUGAUAUUCGGCAUCAAAGACACCCACGUCCCUGACGCCGGCCGGGACCUCAUCCGUGCCAAGCUCCGCGACGCCCGUGUCGUCUUUAGCUUUCACGAGUUUGCCUGGGCUCAGCACGCAUUCAUCAGGGACGAGCUCAGCAAGGGACGCUACGACCCGGCCGUCACAAAGGUCUGCUUCGAGGUACUGCUGGAGUUGUUUGGGCGUGUACUCAAGACCGACCUGGGUCCCAAGGACGGUACCGUCGCGCCCCCUGAACAUGUUUGCUGA